AUGGUGAUUCUGUUCGUAGGAAAUGUGAAGUUGCUGACGAGAUUGAUUCAGGAUUUCGCCGGCGCCGACGCCGGCGGCCGCAAGGCGCAAUGCAUCACCGAGAUGAUGGCCGUCCUCGGCGACAUGCAGUCGCAAGUCCAGAAGGCCAACGUUCCACGGCGGCGAGAGGCCGAGCUCCGCCGCUGCAACACCGACCUCCGCCGCGGCGCCCCGCAACGGGACAGGGCCAAGCCCCUGGACCCAGCCGCGAGCGACACUCCCGACGUCCAGAAGCUCCGCCGCGAGCUCUUCUCCUCCUUCAACGCCCGCCGGAACCAGGAGAGGAUGUGCGCCAGCCUCUCCAGGGAGAAGGAAUUCAUCGCGACGGAGCUCGCGCGCAAGGUGCGCGAGCUCGGCGAGGCGGAGGAGCUCGUAGAGGACCUCCGCCGGCAGAACUCCGUGCUUCUGGAGAAGCUCAAGGCCUGCGCGCCCGGAGAGAACGGGGAUGCAGGCGACGGAGAGGCGCGGAGUCAUAACUCUGCUCUGCAGGAGCGGAACAAGGCGCUGACGGAGCAGCUGCUGAGGUCGGUGGACGCGGGGAGGGUGAUGAAGCGACGGCUGGCGGAGGUGCAGGAGGAGAACGCAAGGGUGGCCGAAGUGACUGUGGCGGUGGCGAAGUCGGUGGGCAGAAUACGAGAAAAGUUGAACGCCGGCUGUGCAGAGGUGGAGGAGGAGGUGAAGUCGCUGGAUCGGGUGCUGAUUGGCUUGCAGGGGAAGCUCCUGAAGUUGCACCAACGAAAAGGGAAUUAG